AUACUCCCAAGCCUCCUACAGAGGAGCAUUUUGUCAUGCCUGAUGAGUUUGAGCAGCAAAGCCGGGUGAAGCGCUCCAAGAUUACAUCAAGCAAAGAGGGUGGCCUGAACGUGGAAACUCUGGUGGUGGCAGACAGGAAGAUGCUGGAGAAACAUGGCAGAGAGAACGUCACUACCUAUGUCCUUACUGUCAUGAACAUGGUCUCCAGUCUGUUCAAAGAUGGAACUAUUGGAAAUGAUAUCAACAUUGUAGUGGUCAGCCUCCUCCUACUUGAAAAAGAUCCA